AUGAAGAGCUUCAUUAGCGUAACGGCCUCGGCGGGCCUGCUGGGACGAGCCCUCGGGGCAACGAGCGGCGAGUUCAAUGUCUUGGCCAUGAACGUGGCAGGUCUGCCCGCGAUUCUGCAAAACAAUGAAGUCCCCGGAGACAAGGCGACCAACGCCGGAACCAUUGGUUCCAAGUUUGCCGAGUAUGGAUAUGAUGUGAUCCAUGCUCAGGAGGACUUCAACUACCACGCCUAUAUCUACGAGACGGACACACAUGAAUACCGUACUGCAACUUCAGGCGGAGUGCCGUUCGGCUCUGGUCUCAACACAUUGGCAAACUAUGAUUGGAUCGAUUUCACUCGCGUCAAGUGGGACACGUGCUCCGACGCCUCGAGCAACGACUGCCUGACCCCCAAGGGUUUCACCUUUAUGCGGGUACAGAUCGACGACGGCGUUUUUGUAGACUGCUACAACCUGCACACCGACGCCGGCACCGAAGACGGGGAUGAGACUGCCCGCAACUCCAACCUGGCCCAGGUUGCCAAUUACAUUGACUCGUGGAGCAUUGGCAACGCUGUGCUCGUCUUUGGUGAUACCAACAGCCGGUACACUCGCACCGCCGACAACAUUACCAUUUACAGCAACCAGAAUGGUAUGACAGAUGUUUGGUUGGAGCUGAUUCGUGACAACGUGAUCCCGACCGAAGAGAGCCUUUGUGACAACCCGAGCACGACCAAUUACUGCGAGACAGUGGACAAGAUCUUCUACCGCGGAAGCCCGCUCUUCAGCCUCCAGGCGACGUACUUCAACUACGAGAGCUCCAAGUUCCUCCAGUCCAACGGCAGCAUCCUCUCGGACCACAACCCCAUCACGGCCAACUUUACCUGGACCUCGAGCUCGACGCUGCGCCAGUCCAACUUCUGGGGCGGCCCCCACGGCACCUGGUUCAGCGACGUGCCAACGCUGGCCGCCAAGUCGGGACCCAAGGCGUCGGUCCUGACUUUCCGGGGCGCCGACCGGCUCGACAGCGUCGGCGUGACGCUGGCCGACGGCACCACGCUGACGCACGGCGGCACCGGCGGCACCGCGGCGACGCUCACGCUGGGCGGCAGCGAGUACUGGACGAGCGCCGAGCUGUGCCAGGGCCAAAAGAGUAACGAGACGCGCAACUUUUACAUCAAGGCCACGACGAGCGCGGGCAACACGCUCGCAGCCGGUACCUCGACGUCGGACUGCGCAACCUUUUCGGCCCCCGACGGGUGGCAGAUUGUGGGCUUUGUCGGACAGGACGGCGAUGAGAUUGAUCAGUUGGCCUUUGUAUACGCACCCCAGUAA